AAAUCUUAAUCUAAUGGAACCAAAUAUUUAGAUAGGUUCUUCAUUCUCUAAUAUGUUUGGAUGUUGUAUACUCGUUUUGAUCUGAACAGUUUAGGAUCGAGAUCACACUAAUCUAAUCAUUAUGUGCCUUUUUUAUGUAUGAGUUUGGUUUCUUUGACUUUUCUUCUUAGAUCCUUGACUACUGUUAACAUGUACUUGCUUCUCUGCAGUUCUGGUAAUGGCUGAAGAGAAUAUUUCACAAGUUAAAGAGAUGAUUCCUGAUGAGAAUUGUUGCUUUGUUCUUCCUCCUCCUCCAGCUGCAGUGUCCAAUGGUAAUGUGAAUAUGAGAUGGUACUCGACUGGAGUGUUAGAUAAACGAGUACCACCAGGAGGUAAAGCUCAGGGUCAAACCCGUUACCGUGGGAACCAAACGAGUUCGAGUCAUGAUCUUUGUAAACACGGGAAGAGGCGUGAGGAUGAGUUGGUGAUCAAACCGUGCAAGUUGGUUAAGAACAAGAAAGUUGAAGGCGGAGGAGGUUUGGUGAAUGGCGAGACUUUGAGUGUGGUGAUGAGGAAGUCGUUGGUAAGUGUCUCUAAACCCGACAAGUCGUUGCAUGUUGCAAAGAAAGAUCCUGCUGCUGUUGUUAGUGAGGUUGUUAAAUCUUGUGAUGGUUUACGUGCUAAACUAAGUGAAACAAAGAGUACUACUACUACUCCGAGUGACUCAGCUUCUGGUGUAAGAAUGGUCAAGAAGGUGAGCAAGAGUUCUAAAGAGGAUGUACUGAAAAAUAUAAAGGACAAAGAGAAGAAGACGAAGAUUGAUGAUGUAUUGGAGAAGAAGGUUUCAAGGAUCAUGGAGAAAAAGAGUUCUAAAGAGGAUCUUCUGAAGAAUGUGAAGAGAAAAGAGAAGACGGAGAUUGAUGAACUGGUUAGAUGUGAUGAUGUAUUGGAGAAGACUUGGUAUGCUGUUGCAUCCAGUAUAGAGGAGAAGAAAAAGAAGAAGAGCGUUGGAAGUGUUAAGAGUGAGACUCUUAAAAGAUCAGACCCUAGGCCACCAAUAAGACAGAUCACUUCAAGGUCUAAGACUAGUUUGUCUGAGAAGAAAGAGAGUGGUUCUCCAACUCUUGUAGCUAAUGCCAAAACCGAAAUCAAGAAGAGGAUUGGUUUAAAGCCUAAGGCUAUUCCUCCUCCUGGUCUUCCAACAAGACCGGUGAGUUUCAAGAAAAGAAGAGUUUUUGAACCGAAAACAGAAGAUCCCACUCUGACAUCGAUCAAGUUCAAGAAGAGAGUUGUUCAAGAACCAAAACUUAUAAGCGAUGUGAACAAGAAUAAGAAGAACCUGAAAGAUAGAGGAGAAGGUGAUAAGAAGAUGAGCUAUAAUAACAGCGAUGAAGGUAAGCAAGAGAAGGUUGUUUUGAGGCAUAGAAAAGUGGAAGAGAAGAAGAAAAUGGGGACACUAUUCAAUAAUGUGAUUGAAGAGACUGUGAAUAAGCUUGUAGAAGAGAGGAAGAGUAGGGUUAAAGCAUUGGUUGGUGCUUUUGAAACUCUAAUCUCUCUUCAAGAUAAUGAUAAAACAUCUCUGCUUAAGAAGAAGAUUCAGAACAAGUCCACAUCUUCACAAGUUGUUGAAGGCUAGUGCUUGCUUGAUAUCCAAAAUUUACUAAGA